AUGGUUAGGUACUGGCUGCAUCGGAGUAAGGCCAUUCAAAAGAGAAUAGAACCUCACAUUCAAAAGUUUUUCCCGUUUCACAAGCCAGAACUCGAAGGCGUGUCCCCAGUGGCAGCCACUUACAGUGGGAAAGUGGUUAAGGCCCCAUUUGAUCUUGCUAUUGGCAUGGUUGUACCCUUUGGGCAAAGUCUGAUGGCUUCGCGAGAAAACAUUGUAAAAGUCAGACUCCACAAACUCUGUCUGAACAAAUUUUUACUCAAGUAUUAUUAUCAAUCGAAAACUUACUGGACCCAUACGCAGGACAUGAAAGUAGACAUUGGUGACAUCGUCCUCAUCGAAAAAUGCGAUCCACCAAUUGCCUUCAAUACCGUGUACAAGUUAAAGAGGGUCGUUUAUCCGGUAGGCAACAUAAUUGAUCCUGUCACAGGAUUAAAAUGCGAGGGAUCUGAGUACCCUAUCGACGUGAUGCAAGAAUGGCUGAAAAAUUAUAAAAAGUCAGCGGAGCCUGAACAGUCUUAG